CUUUAACUGACUCAAUUCUUCUGCAAUUCAUCUGUUAUCUUCAUCACAGACUAAAUAAGCUGUAUUUUUAAGGGCCGCUGGAUUCUGCAUGCUGAGGAUGACAAUGCUUCCGGCAGCUUCUCUGUGUAUUUUGAUGGUUCUCGGUCUCUGCUCGCGAGCCGAGGCUACCACUGCCUUUGACCUCCUGCGCGAAACUGCUGUGAGUUACAGGGGGUCCCUGCCCUGCGGCGGAUGGGACUGUGAAUGUGCAUUUGGGAGACAGAAGAGCUGCUGUUGUAUUGCACAGCCUCUGCUUGAGCUGGAGGAGGCCACGUUCAUACGUAUGGUUGGCUUAUGGGAAGGACUGUCUCAUCUGAACAGCCAAAUAGAGGAGCUCACAGCUGGAUGCAAAAUAGCCUUCACUGCUGCAAUGCUCCCAAUGAGUGGAUGUCUCGGGCCGUUUAACAGCAACAUGUCUAUCUCUUACCGGUCUGUCUCACUCAAUCAGGGCAAUGGCUACAAUCCUGCGUUGGGCACGUUCACGGCUCCUCACGCUGGCCUGUACUCCUUCUCCUUCACGGCGUACUCCAGCGUUGGCAGCGCAGGUCAGCGGCUCUACCAGAAGGUGCAGCUGAUGAAGAACGGCCAGCUGAUGGCCUCGUCCUGGGAAGAUAACCGUGAGGAUUCGGAGGACAGCAGCACUCAGACGGUUCUUCUGCAGCUCAGACGCGGCUGUCAGGUGUAUGUUGAGCUGCUGUCAGGCAGACAGCUGUGUGGAGACACCCAGGGCCAAAACAUGUUCAGCGGAUACCUGGUCUAUCCCUUCUCUGAGCAAUGAGAGGGAAAUAACUGUACAUACAUACACAGCAGUCUUCAGUGUAAUGCCUGCAAUCAGAUAUGAAAAAUAAAAAAAGAUAUUCAGGUGUGAAUCUGGGCAUCUUUGUAUGAAAUUGUCAUAAAAAUGACUAAAUGAACAUGUACCCUACCCUUGCAAUACAGUAUGUGGCUUUAUGAAUAAAGGUCACUUUAACAG